UGCUGAUGACAAAACACAGACAAGGUACCUGCGUGUGGGUGUGUCACACCUGCAAAACAAAUCAACACAGGCAAUCUAGUGGAGUACGACUGCAACUCAGACUACCAAACAAACGCUGCAGUUUCCCGCACUGACUUGAAUUUCUCAUCUUGGAUGAAGUCCAGAUCUUCACAUUGUUCUCUAAAGUGUACUUUUCCAAGCUUUGGUGCGUCCCUCUGCCCCUCCCCUUUGUCUGGGUGUGUUUCUGUUUUCAAACCUCACAUAGUCCAUGAUUUAAAGGCAGUCAACACUCCUGACUUGAGGACUCAACCUCAUCAUGCAUCAGGACUUGUAUGACAAGUUUUUUCUACAUCUCCAAGAUGGCAAGAGAAAGUAAAAACAAGAAUUCUGUUCUUCAGUCAGAGGUGUCACACAGAUGCAGUCUGCUUUGUCUCGGUCGUCUGAACUUCCACCGUCAUGCUAUGGGAGAAAAGGUUCGCUUGAGUCAUGGAGGUCGACUCGCUGAGAAGACUGAGAACACCUUCAAGAAUGGGCUGGUGUUCAGCAGCCGUCCAGUGAAGGUCCAGGAGAGGAUUCGUCUGAGAGUGGAGAGGGAUUCGACCAACUGGGAGGGAGCUCUGCGUGUGGGCUUUACCACUGUGCCACCCUCAGCCAGAUCUCUGCCCCUGCCCUGCUUGGCCAUCCCCAACCUCACUGACAAGCCUGGACACUGGGCUGUGCCUGUGCAUGAAUCGUACUGCCGAGCAGGUUCAGAGCUGGAGUUUUGGGUUUCUCAUGGUGGCAGCAUAUACGUAGCUGUCAACAACAGGCAGCGCAAGCGGCUGACAGGAGUGGAUCUCAGCCAGCCUCUGUGGGCCAUGAUAGACAUUUAUGGGAAGACGCGCUCCAUUUCGCUCCUGGGCUCCAAAAAAACAAAGCUCCUUUGCACUAGAAGAUCCUGUCCUGCACCUGAACCGCUCACCUCACCUGAUGCUUACAGUCACUUUGGUUCAGUUCCUGAUGUUUCAGACUUCAGACGUGAUGACUGCAUGUCCUGUCUUGACAUGGAAAUCCCAGCAGAUAAAGCCUGUGUGGUGUGCAUGGUGAAGGAGGCCAGAAUCACACUGCCUUGUGGCCACCGGUGUUUAUGUAAACACUGCGACUCCAGAGUCUGUCAAGAGUUUGGCACCUGCCCGCUGUGUCGACACAAGAUCAGAGCUCCAUCAGUGAAGGAGAGGUGGUUUAUAGAGGUCUAAGCUCUGACACACCAGCCAAGAAUCACCAAAUAUAAACUACUGACACACAGCGAACAGCACUUAUUAUGAAGCUUCAUCAUGUUUGGUUUUUCUGUUUUGUCAAACAUGUAAAAGUUCCAGCAUGAUGAAAUGUCCUUAAAUUCAUGUAAAGAUGUUAGUCUGGAAUUUUUUUAUGUAAAUAUUGCAAUUACGUCAGUAUAUGACGAGACAAAAUAUUGCACUAAGUGCAAAAUAUGUAUGUAUGUAAAUAUGUAAAAUGGUAUUAUAAUAAAAAUUUUCUGUACAGUAUAUUUUAUACUUUGGUAUAAAUCUGAAAGCAAUGUUUGAUUUUCAUAAACUCAUUUUGUCUUAAAAUUGUUAUAAUGUUGGUUCUUAGACAAUGGAAAGAAAAAAUAAAUAACCAUUGUUUCAAUCAUAAUAUUUUCUUCUCUAAUGUGUUUUUAAGGAUGUUGCUAUAAGAAAUGAAUCAAUAACAGUGCAUAUUAAAUAGAACAUGUUGGGGGAUAAAGAAAUAAUUGUCCACACUACACGUGUGAACACUGAUUAAACAUACCUUAAAGAAUAACAAGAGAGUCAAAUUGCCGUCAUGACUGAACUGAACUGUAA